AUGGCUUCCACGCCGGGAACCCGAGGCGUCGACCAGGCUCGUGGCGGCAAGACGCCAACUCAACGAAACAUCACCAUCGCGACGCCCGCCCGCCGAGCCAUCAGCGCCGAGCCUCCCUCCUCCCGCCGCUCCGUUCAUACGCCCCUCGAUCGAAGCGCGACGCGAGAACUCCUUGCCUCGGUCCGCCGCGGCGCCUCGGCGUCAGGCGGUCGUCGCAACAACAAUGCCCCGACUCCUCACGCCACGGCGGCUCGUCGCGCGCUGCACCAGCGGCGGACGGCCAUGUUCACGCCGGGUAAGAAUCGCCGUCGGAGCCUUAGGGAGCAGCGGGAGACGCCCAUGGGAAUACUGCGCAACUUGAGCAAAGUCUUGGCCCCGACGAGCCAGCCCGUGGUUUCCUCGUCGCCCCGCGGCAAGCCCUCUAGCAUAGCGCCAAUUCCGGAAGAGAGCGACGACGAGCUGCCUAUUGAUCAGCCGCGUCUCUCGCUACCUCUUGACGACGAUGACUCGGAUUUGCAGCCUCCGCGGUCCUCUGGUCUCGAGGACAUUACAAUGGGUUCGGUCGAGAAGCCGAGGCGCGCAUAUAGCGAGCAGCCAGGGUCGAGACUCUCUCGUGGUAGCUACGGAAGCGUCCGAUCCAGCGACAUAUUCAACAACGACCCGACCGCAGACCUGGGAAGGCCGUCAGACUUCUUCCCCGGCUUUCUCGAGGAUCUUGAAGGGAGACCCGAAGCCGCCGAUUUGACCUAUGACCGCAUUGACGUCGACGCCCCGUGGCCUGCCACUCUCGAACAAGAAAGUGACUUCGGUCUGGAAUUACCGCCGGGUUUGGACGACCAGACGACCUUCUUAAUGCAGGAUCCGCCAUCAGAAUCGGAUGAUGAGGCGCCGGGUGACUAUCUAGUAGCCGACGCAUCAGUGCAACAGGAAUACGAUGAUCCCUCGGGUGCUCCCCAUGAGCAGGAUUAUUUCGAAGUGUCACAGGCCGGCGACCCGACGGCUGAGAUCUCCCAGAUCGUGGAGGAGAAAGUAUCGCGAUCGGCAAGCCGCAAACCACAGAAGCGAAUCUCCAGACAUGGCAUCGAAUACCCUUCUCUGCCACCAUCUUUCGUAAAGAGGGUGGCACAGACGGCCCUCCAGUCCUCGGGACUCCGCAACCCUCGCAUAUCAGCCGAUACGCUCACCGCUCUGACGCAGGCGUCAGAGUGGUACUUUGAGCAGCUGGGAGAUGACCUUGGCGCAUACGCGCGACAUGCGAAAAGGAAGACGAUAGAGGAGAGCGACGUGGCAACACUUAUGGGCCGGUAA